UUUACGUUCGCAUUACGUUAAAAAGCACGUUUUCCUCUCAUCAAGUUUUUAUAUACCCCAAUCUGUUUACGCUGAAUUAUUUUGUCACGGAACCUUUUCUUGAUUAGACGACUUACUCGAUUGUAAAGAGAAUACUUAAACGAAUUCCACCAUUUAUACGCUUAAGAAAAUAAAUUUAUUGAAUUUUGGAAUCGAAAGCCAAAUUCGUAUAGUUAUGAUGCCAAAACUAAACAAUGAAACAAAGAAGUCUGUAUUUCCUGCGCCUUUCAAAGCAAUAAGUUCAUUAUAAGGAGUGUACACUGCAUUUCAAUUAGGGGUCAGUGCUGCCAGACGCGCAGCCACCGGAGUGGCCAGACUGGAAAGGAUAAAACCCGUUAGAUUAAAGACGCUCCAAAGCAGCUGAAUAAAGUUCAACAAACUCUUAGUUUGCAAACAAUUGGUUUUUCGAAUGUUUCGAAUCCACUGCAACAAGUGCUAUCGACGCCGCAACGUCGAGCCAUCAACGAUCUUCCACAUGACCCAGUGCCAACACGUCCUGUGCGCCUCCUGUCUGAGCGAAUCCUCGACAGAAAAGAAGUGCCCAUUGUGCAAGCGGGAUCUGCGAGCAAUUCCGAUCGACAGAAACUUGCCUGCAAACGUGGCCCACUACUUUGAGGAUCCGCUUCGAUUCCAGCAGCUCUACCGCAAGAUCAGCAAGUUUCAGGCCGACCAGCGGGCAUCGGACAACCUGGGAUUCUAUCGCCAGAUGCAGGAGCACGAGAAGAACGAGAGCCGCCUAAAGGGCUUCUGCAAGAUGGAGGCGCAGUUCAACCAGCAGAUCCAAAAGGAGAAGGAACGGAUCGUCGAACUUCGCGCCUACAUAAAGUACCACGAGGAGGAGGGUCUCAAGAAGUGGCCACACACGGGAGAUGAGAAGCCCUGGAGUAACCAGGCACGUCGCCUGCGGCCCAGGACACCCUCUGUGACCACAUCGGAUAAUACCCAGUCGGAUGAGCAUAUGACGACGUUCUGCCUGGACUCGGACAUGGAUUGCCUUGAAGAGGACGAAACCCACCGAUCCGACAAGAAAACCUUCAACGGGAAUAUCAAAGAUUUUCAAAUAUAAUCACAUCUCUCCACAA